CUGAAAAUCUUUCCAAGGAGUUCACUUAGAUCCGAGCAAUCCAGAUACAUCCGGCGCUCUACUCACCAUAUUCGAAUUUUCUUCCUAGCAGAGUUCUAGCUGGUCAGAUUCCGAGAAAAAUCAACACUAAAAAGAUGUCAGUCAUUCGAAAAGAAGUGAUCGCGAUGACCCUUCUGGCCCUCCUGUCCUGCUCUUGGAUCGCGAGUGCCCGCUACUUGCCAACCAGAGGGGACUCCACCAGAAGAGAGCAAAUCAAAGAACUCCUCAGAGCUCUCUUGGACCUGACACCUGAGGAAAGAGAUGCUGGGCGAUCCAACUACCCCUAUGAAUUCCAAGGGAGUUCAGUGGCCAAGAGGUCAGUGCACGAGUCCGAAAGACCACUUCCAUUUCAGAGGGACGCCGAGUAACCGGUCAAGAAAUGGCAGUCGGAUCAUGGACAAAAUAAAUAAAAAAGAAGCUAUUAUGAGUUUCGUUUUUACUCUUUCUGUUUUUCCAGACGUCUCUCUGUGUAACUCAGAUUUGUAUUUUAAUCAUGGUCAAUUGUUCUAAAUUCUCUUGUAACUUGUAGUGAAACACUACCUUAUCACUUCGCGAAUAAAGUAUCAGUGUAUAAAUCUGUCUUUUGUAAAUGGGGCUAAUAAACUUUCUCUAUUCCUCAUA